CCUCAGAACUCCUCUCCACCACUUCGACUUGAGAGGGAAAAAAAAAAAAAAAAGCUUCGAUUUCACUGAGAACUGAAACGGAGAUGGGAUCGGGGAGAAACGACUCGCCCGGGUCAGGCAACCCAGGUCCAAGUGGGGAAUCGGAUCCCUCCCCCUCGACGGAGCCACGGCGAUUCCCUCUUGCAGCUCAACCCGAGAUAAUGAGAGCGGCGGAGAAAGACGACCAAUACGCUUCCUUCGUCUACGACGCCUGCCGCGACGCCUUCCGCCAUCUUUUUGGUACCAGAGUUGCAGUAGCUUAUCAGAACGAGACAAAACUCCUAGGUCAAAUGCUUUACUAUGUUUUAACAACAGGUUCUGGGCAGCAAACAUUAGGAGAAGAAUACUGUGAUAUAACUCAGGUUGCUGGACCUCAUGGCCUUUCCCCAACACCUGCUAGACGUGCUCUCUUUAUUGUGUAUCAGACUGCAGUUCCUUACAUUGCCGAAAGAAUUAGCUCUAGAAUUGCGUCCCGUGGUAUAACCCUUGCUGAUUUGCAGUCUGAUGAGUUCUAUAGUAACAGUGGUUCUGAGAGGAGUCAAGUAGAGUCAUCCACAGGCGUUGAAAUUUCAUUACCCUCAGAGUCUACUGCAUCAGUAUCUGCACUGUCGAGGUUGAAAGAGAAACUGCGUGGAAUGUGUUUACGUGCAGUUCAGAGAUGGCCAGCAGUGCUGCCUAUAGCUCGUGAAUUCUUGCAAUGGGUUCUACGUGCUAACCUCAUGUUCUUCUACUUUGAAGGUUUCUAUUAUCAUAUAUCCAAACGAGCAGCUGGUAUUCGCUAUGUGUUCAUUGGGAAGCCAUCAAAUCAAAGACCCAGGUACCAAAUCCUGGGGAUUUUCCUCUUAAUUCAGCUAUGCAUCAUUGCCGCUGAAGGUCUGCGGCGCAGCAACUUAUCUUCAAUUACAAGUUCAAUUCAUCAAACCUCAUUAGGGUCUCAUCAAAAUCCAACAGGACAAGGUUUACCUCUGUUAAAUGAAGAAGGCAACUUGAUACCAACGGAGGCUGACCGGGGUAGCUGGGUUGGUGAAUCAACUUCAGAGUCAACAGGUGUUGUCAGCAAAUGCACCUUAUGCCUAAGUAACCGACAACACCCGACGGCUACACCAUGCGGUCAUGUAUUCUGCUGGAACUGCAUCAUGGAAUGGUGCAACGAGAAACCCGAAUGCCCACUUUGCCGCACUCCCAUAACACAUUCGAGUCUAGUUUGUUUAUAUCAUUCAGACUUUUAGCUUUUACUUAUCGUCCUGCAUUUUGCUGGUGAAAAUUUUUAGAAAGUAUACAAAAGAAAAUAAGGAUUAGUAUGUUCAGUUUUUUCAAUAACCAUUGUAAUAGAUAAUUUCCCCUCUGUUAGGGGAUAUCUGCAUAGGUAGACCAUAUUUUCAUCUCCCUUGGCACAAGAUGUACUAUUAUGAUAGUUCCGAUUUUUUAUAUUCUUUUUUAAAAUACUCUGUGUCUAGUACUUGUGUUGGAUUCAUUUUUGGGUAUGAAGACGAGGAUAUCAGUUUUCAACCAUAUCCAACAUUCACAUUCAAGGUUAUAAAUAGAUGCUGAGUUGACAGGUUUUAAUGGUUCAAA